GCAACUUGGCCGUGUUUUUCCUUUGCUGAUGAAUAUAAAAGAUACUGUGCGAAUACAGCAAAUACAGUUACACUUUAGCACUCCAACAAGUACCAUAAUGAAGACCAUCGUAUUCCUGGCCUGCACCCUGGCGGUGGCCGUCGCGGCGCCCGCAGACACAUACAACCCAGAGUUCGAGAAUUUGAACGUAAAAGAGAUUAUAGAGAACGACCGACUGCUGAAGAAUUACGGCAACUGCUUCGGCAAUAAGGGACCUUGCACAGCCGAGGGAACUGAUAUUAAGAAACUAAUCCCCGAUGCGCUCAAGACGAACUGCGCCAAGUGCUCGCCGAAACAGCGCCAGCUCAUCCGCGAAGUGAUCCACGCGUUCCAACGCAAGCAGCCAGCUCUCUGGGAGAGUAUCUCCAACGAGCACGACCCGAAAGGAGAGUACAGGGAGAGUUUCAAGAAGUUCAUCGAAGCGACUGACUAAAAAUAGAUUAUAGUGUACAGGGCUUUACAAAACUAAGUGAUAGUGCUUUAGGUUAUUUAUGGGUCCCCUAUGUAGAGUGAAAGUAGCAGAACUUGGAAAGAGCAAAAAUGUUUUUGUGAUUUUUCAAUACAAAGUGGAAAAAAGAGGCUUUCUCUUUCUCUUUCAGCGCUGCUUCUUUUACAGUGAACUUUCUAUGAGG